CUGACGCUCCGCUUUAACCCUCUGUUUGUUUCUGCGCCUCUACUAGCAAAUGAACUCUGACACAAUUUCAGUAGUGCCUGAGAUCGAGAUGAUAUAGCGUAGCUGUUCAAGACAAAUCCAAACAUUGAACUUUAUAUUCAGUCACAUCUGAGUAAACAUCUUAACAUGUAAACUCGUUCAGCUGUCAAGUUCAAUGUUGUGUUCAGGUCGUAGGAGGGAGAGUGUUUUAUGGAACUCGCUUUGUCCGCUAUCUGUGCUGUGUUGACUUCUGGACUUUGAGUGUCCUAUCAUACAGUGAAACCAUAGGUUGACAUUACAGCCUCUUGAAAACCGAACCAGUGUACCUCUCUUUCUUCACCCACAGAUUUGACAUGGCGUUAGCAGGUGUGCGUGUGAUUGAGCUGGCAGGGUUGGCCCCUGCACCUUUCUGUGGCAUGAUCCUGGCAGACUUUGGGGCCAGGGUGAUUCGUGUGGACAAGACAAAGGUCGCCAUGGCCAUGGACACCCAGGCAAGGGGCAAACAGUCUGUGGCGCUUAACCUGAAGCACCCACAUGGCGUGGCUGUCCUCAAGAGACUUUGUGUGCAGUCUGAUGUGCUCAUUGAGCCUUUUCGUCAUGGGGUGAUGGAGAAGCUGGGCCUGGGUCCCGAGGAGCUCCUGAAGGAGAAUCCGCGGCUGAUCUAUGCCCGGCUCACCGGCUACGGACAGAAGGGCUCCUACGCUAAAGCCGCUGGCCAUGACAUCAAUUACCUCGCCAUGUCAGGGCUGCUGUCCAUGUUGGGGCGCAGUCAAGAGAAACCGUACGCCCCACUCAACCUGGUGGCAGAUUUCGCUGGCGGAGGGCUCACCUGUGCCUUUGGGAUCGUGCUUGCCCUGUUGGAGCGGAGCCGAUCAGGCAAAGGCCAAGUGAUAGAUGCCAGCAUGGUUGAAGGAGCAGCUUAUGUCGGUUCCUUCAUGUGGAAAUCCAGGAGCAUUGGCUUGUGGAACCGAGGCAGGGGUGAGAACCUCCUGGAUAGCGGGGCUCCGUUCUACGAGACGUACCGCACCUCAGAUGGAAAGUAUAUGGCUGUGGGGGCAAUUGAACCGCAAUUCUACGACCAACUCAUUCAAGGCUUGGGAUUGGAUGCAUCCGCUUUGCCAGCCCAAAUGAGUGUCUCUGAUUGGCCAGACAUGAAGGAGACUUUUACCCGGGCGUUCGCCAGCAAGACCCAGGCCGAGUGGGGGCGGAUCUUCGACGGCACAGACGCCUGCGUGACCCCCGUGCUGUCACUGGACGACGUGAGCUCACAUCCCCACAACCAGCAGAGGGGCUCCUUCCUGCGGGACGCCCAGGGCGAGGAGAGCCCGCGGCCAGCCCCGCACCUGUCCCGCUCGCCCGCCCAGCCGUGCCUCUCGCGGGACCCCUUCAUCGGGGAGCACACGCGGGCCGUGCUGCAGGACUUUGGCUUCGCGGCCGCCGAGAUCGAGCAGCUGGAUGCCGCGGGCAUCGUGGAGUGCAAAGACACCAAAGCGCGUCUGUAACUUUAACGUUCCAAACGUCCAAGCCCGCCUCCAUAAUGAUGAGCGUGUAAGGGCCCGCAGAGAGGAAAUGUGCUUAUCACAUCGCCGUAAAGUGCCUAAGUGCUACCUUGCCAGCGGGUGCAGCGAUUUAGAGCAGGAUCUGCACUUACGCCUAAAAGGCUCUCAAAUGCCUGGACGUGAAAUCCUAUCAAUCGCACCCAGUCCAUGCUUGUAAUUUGGUAUUGGUUGGAAUUAUAUGUCAUUUUGCUCACCUAGGUGCCUGCCACAGUCUUUUUAUUUCCAUAAUUACAUAAAAUGUUUAGUUUGUGAUUCUGCAAUUUCCGAAUGCUGAAAACUGCAUUUUCUUCAGAGUUUGAUUGGCCAGUUGUUCAAAGGUCUGAUAACCCUUAUUAAAAUGAGCUUUUAUCUUCAGUAUCAGUUAAUUAAGUACAGAUGUAUUUAUAUAUUUAAUUACUGGACAUUAACAGACAUUUAAUUAAUGCUUAUUGAUAUUCAAUAUGUAAAAUGUUAUGACUGAUGAACAGAGAUAACUUUUAGAAUGCUAUUUUCUCUAUGCAGAUGAUAUUGUAUGAUAUUGUAUGUGGAAAGACUUCUCCACUUGAGUUACCAACAUGAUUAAAAGGGAAUUGAAUUA